GUUAACUUUACACUUUUUUAGUAUAUAUAUAACAAUAUUUAUCUUUUGCUUGUUGUUGACAAGAUUAUGAAAAUUAGAAACGCAAAGAGGAAGAUGUUUCAAUAAGGUGUUGUUGGUGAGAAAACAAGUUAAAGAUUAUGACUACGCAACUAAAAAAAGUUCAAAGCCUUCUUCGAAAUGGCGAAACUUGCAAAUAUUGUCUUGAAGGCAGCCUGGUUUCUGGUUGGACCAGAACACCUCAUCUUUUUGCAAUUGUACGGUCUCAAGUAAAUAACUAUGGGUUACUUAUUCUGUCACACCCUGGGAUUGGUUCUAAUGAAACCAUUAUUCGUCCAAAAAGUGCUAUACCAAUGGAUGGAAACUUUCGAUAUCUCUUAAAUAAUAGUGGCACAAACUUCUCAUCCUCAGAUAUUCAACUACAGCUCACAUCAGGUUCAAAUACAUACACUGCUGAAUUUGCAUCUGGGUCUGCAAUGCAAGAUUUUAUGUCAGUGUUAACGAGCAUGUAUAACGGUACGGGAAUAAGCACGUCUUAUGAAUGGUUAAAAGCAUAUAAUGGAGUUAAUAAUGACGCUGAUAGUUCACAAGGGGAAUGGCCGUGGAAUGAAAUAACAAAACCUUCAGUUGCAGAUUAUACACCUAUCGCGUUUGAUGCUGAUGCAGAUAUUACCAAUUUCGAUCCACUCUCUUCUGCAAGUAAAAAGGAUUGCAGUAUUAAAGAUGAUUUAUUAAAAGAUUACGAUGAAAUUGUACCUAAUACUAAAUGUUUGAAUAUUAGUGGUACAAAAGAAAAUAAUUUAUUAGAAGUCACACCAGUAAGAGUGACACCUACAAAUGAACUGGAUUUAAAAGAUUUCGAUCCUUUAUCAAAAAAGGAGAUAGAGGAAGGCAUUAAAACAGAGAAAAUGAUAUCAGCAGAACUUUUAAGAAGAAGCAGGGAAGUUGUUUCAACUCGUGCUUCUGCUGGCAAAUCAUGGCUUGAACGAACUUUGUCACAAAGCUCAGGUUCAACUGAAACAAAAGAAAGUGGUGGUCAAGAAGAGGCUUUCGAUGUUGUUGAUAAUCUAGAGGUUCAGAAUGUUCGUAACGAAAAUACUGCCCCACCUCCUUAUAAAGGCAAUCUCUCAGGAAAUGUUUUUAAGGGAAUGCGUGCAAGAGAGAAUUUUAUUCGGUUGCAUAUGGCUGCAAGAGAAAAAGAAUUUACUGAGCUAUUUCCAUUCACAUUGCUUGCUGGUACAUGGAAUGUCAAUGGCCAACUGGCUACUGAAAGUUUAGUUCCAUGGCUACAAGAUAAUCCUGAAUCACCAGAUGUCAUUGCAAUCGGAUUUCAAGAGCUUGACUUGAGUGCUGAAGCUUUAGUAUUCAACGAUUCAAGUCGAGAAGAUACUUGGAUGAAAGCUAUUGAGAAUGGUUUACCAAAAAAUACAGAUUAUUUUAAGUUGAAACAUGUUCGUCUUGUUGGUAUGAUGUUGGUUGUGUAUGUUCAAACGAAACAUAAGAUGCAAGUAUCUGAUGUUGAGUCUGAAACAUAUGGGACUGGAAUCAUGGGCAUGAUGGGCAACAAGGGUGGUGUUGCUGUCAGAUUUCAACUGCACAACUCAACAAUCUGUUUUGUCAACUCCCACUUGGCAGCUCAUUUAAUGGAGUAUGAGAGGCGUAACCAGGACUUCCGUGAAGUGUACAGUAAAUUGAAGUUCUCUCUUUUCCAACCACCUAUUGGAAUAUCACAACACAACAUGGUGUUUUGGUUGGGUGAUUUGAAUUAUCGUUUUGAUGACCUGGACCCUGACCAAGUAAAAAAUUUAGUCAGAAAAAACGAUUUCGCAAAACUUUACAAGUAUGACCAGCUUAACAGACAGCAAACUCAACAAAAAGCUUUCGAUGGAUUCAAUGAGGGUAGCCUAACGUUUGCACCAACAUAUAAAUAUGAUCCAGGGACAGACGAUUGGGACACUAGUGAAAAGUCGCGUGCACCAGCUUGGUGUGAUCGUGUGUUGUGGAAAGGAAAACAAAUUGAACAGAUAGCAUACAGAAGUCAUCCUCAGUUGAAAUUAAGUGAUCAUAAACCCGUCAGUGCACUCUUCACUGUGGGAAUCAAAGUUGUUGACCGAGCCAGGGAGCGUAAAGUAUUUGAAGAAAUUGUUCGAAAACUAGACAAACGUGAAAAUGAUUCGCUACCUCAAGUUAAGUUAGGCAAGCACGAAUUUCAAUUUGAUAUUGUGGAAUUCAUGGAAGAGAGGGUGGAGGUUUUACCUGUUGCAAAUAUUGGCCAGAGUCCAGUGGAAUUUCAAUUUAUAGCAAAAUUAGACGAUGCUGACAUUGCAAAACCUUGGUUUCGAGUUAAUCCCUCUGCUGGAUUUAUAAUGCCAGGAGAUGUAUUGGAAAUCGAGUUGUCAGUAAUGGUAGACAAGCUGUCGGCGCCCAUGGUGACUGUAGGAAAUUGCAUUUUGGAUGACAUCUUAGUACUUCAUCUUGUUGAUGGAAAAGAUUUCUUUGUACCCUUAAGUGGCGUAUAUACGCCCAGUGUGUUUGGUUCUUCUCUCGAAGCUUUAGUAAGAAUAUAUGGUCCUAUCAGACAGGUACCAAUGGAUUCUUUAAUUCAAUUGGAAAGUAUAGCCUCCGUAUUUGAUUCAACUGAUGGUGUAUUUCCAGAUUCCACGGAGCCUCUUGAAAUACCGAAAGAACUGUGGUUGUUGAUAGAUCACUUAUUUAAACACGGUAUGACACAGGAGAAUAUUCUUCUGCAGUCUGGUAUCGAUGAAGAAAUUCGUCAGAUUCGGCAUCACUUAGAUACAGGGCAGGGUGGAGAAAUUCCCGGGAGCAUAUUUUCUAUUGGUGAAGCUUUGCUCUUAUUUCUGGAAGCCCUUCCAGAACCUGUCAUUCCAUACAAAUAUCACACGAGAUGCUUAGAAGCAUGCAACAACUAUGUCUUAUGUAAACAGGUAGUAACACAACUUCCAGAGUGUCAUGGCAACGUGUUUCGAUACCUCACUGCAUUUUUACGUGAGUUACUCAAGCAGAGCGCAGAAAACAAACUAGACGCCAAAAUGCUUGCCACAGUGAUGGGCUCCAUCCUGUUGAGAUCGCCGAUGAACCAAAGCAAGAACUUGACCCGCAGAACGCAAUCACAGAUAGCUCAAAAGAAAGCGAAAUUUGUCUUUCAUUUCCUGGUAAAUGACUUCAGAGGUUGAGCUCGGAGAUGUCAUAUUCAAGGGAGAGAGAGAGAGAGAGAGAGAGAGAGAGAGAGUACGCGACAGGCUUGUAACAGCUGCUCAGAUAAGUUGCUGUGGUGAGGCUGUGUCUAAUAAUGUUUACUGCCAGCCUGUUUUGAGCACUUAAGUGAAAUCCAAAUGGUGUUAUCCAUGCAUUGCAUUGAUUUAAAAAAUAAACAAACAUUUUUUACUGUUUCACGUUUUAUCCCACCUGAUAUUUUAUUUAUAGAUUGCUUUUUAAUUCCAUAUCCCAAUAAUUCUUUUAUUUUCGCGUGUAUUUUAAAUUGGUUGCUUUCUUCUUAACGUUAAGAACAUGGCGACACAUUUUGCUCAACUUUUAACAUUUUUUGAAGCAAUAUGUAUAUAGAUAUUCAGCGUACGUUUAAUUUGUAUUUAUUUUUUUACUAAAUAGAUAUUAAGACAACUUGGAAGUC